UUGCAUUUUAGUGGCUGCUUCACUCUGUCCGAGGUAUAUGGUAGAUCAUCGAAAGAAAGGAUCGCAAAGCUGCCAGAUUACAAUAAUUGGAGUAGUCACAAGCUUGCUUGUAUGCAAUUUACCCUGGGAACCACCGCUGAGCCAAAAUUAGUAGCAAUUUCGCACUUUCAACUUCUUAAUGGUGCUCGAGCAGUUGUGACAGCGUUCGGGAUCAAGAAGGAUCAAACUCUAGCCUGCGCCCUCCCUCUCUUCCGCCUUCCCAUCUUUGCCCUUGUCUGUCUCUCGCCAUUCCUUACCGAUUCCUGCUCCGUCUUUCCCGAACCGCAGCCUCUGCCUAGAAAUCUUUUUGCUUCCGUGAAAAAAUACAAGUGGGCUUUGUCUUCAUUUGGCUUGAAAAAUCUAAAACUUAUCCUUAAUGCCGUUUUUAGCUGUUCUACACUUCUGACAAAUGGUGCUGCUUUGCGAUUGCUUCUGAAAAUCAGCGAAACCCAAAAAGUGAAGCUGGAUAGCAUCGAGCAGAUUCUGCUCCUAGGCGAUCGAGUCUCCAAGGAUGCUCUGAAAAGCAUUGAGAAGCAAGCGGAUAAUGUGAAAAUCAUAGCGGUAGGCUACAUGCUCACUGAAACCGGCUCAAUCCCCAUAAUGGGAGACGCUACGACAGAUUUCACAAAAAUGGUGGGAAGAGCAAUUGCGGGUUACGAGACCCAUCUAACCCCACUAAAUGGCAACGGCGAAGUGAAACCUGGUCAGCUUGGUCUGCUCCAGAUCCGUGUCUAUUAUGGAAGCACAUUUAUGGGCUAUGCACCGGACACUAAAGGAAAGGAGAAAUGGGUAGACACUGGAGAUGUCGCUCGUAAGGAUGAAGAAGGUAGCAUUGAGAUUGUGGCCAACAAGGAGGAUCUUAUCUAUGACAAUAAUAAUGGAUUAGUGGAGCACUGGAACAUUGAGCGGUUACUGAACCAGAAUGAGCUCAUUAAAGGCGUACAGGUGGUAUCUGUAGGACGAGGUCAACCAGUAACAGCAGUAUGCGUCCUAAGAAACAAUCAAGCCGACACUUCCGAAGUCAAGACUGCACUUACAGCGAUGUGCAAAAAACAUGUGUCACCUGUACCUGACAAGUUCGCUUUCGUGCAUGAUUUCCCACGGAUACACACGAAAAUACAAAAGUAUCGUAUUCGAGAAAUGCUGAGGGAAGGCCGAAUUACAGUGAUGUGA